CAGCAAAAUUUAGUUCAAAAUGGAUGCUGCUAGUGUAAAUACACACAAACAAGAGUGUGACUAUCCGAGUGCCAAAGUCCUGACUGCACUUCAACAACUUUUGGAAAGACAAUAUUCAUCAGACUCGUUCACUUACCAACUAUUUCCGGCCACUAAAAAAGGGGAAAACUAUAUAGGAAUUGUGUAUCGCGUUUCUAUAAACUUAAAUACAAGUUUCGGUAUCCGUUUUUCCAAUUUAAUUCUUAAAAUGGCACCACGUAAUUCUACCAGACGUAAGCAAUUUUUUAUUAGACCCUGUUUUCAGAGAGAAGCUCUUGCUUAUGAGGAGUUCUUACCCAUGAUUGAUAGAUUUCAAUGCAGUAAAGGACUUCCAGAGGAAUACCGUUUUCAUGAGUAUGCCAAGUGUUUUUACACUUCAACAAAUGCACUCGAAGAAGUAAUAUUUCUGGAGGAUUUAAGUGCUCAGCAGUUUGUGGUAUUUGACCGUUUCGAUGAUUUUCAAUUUGAGCAUAUUGCGUUAGUAAUGCGAACAUAUGCCAAAUUACAUGCAGUCUCGUUUGCUAUUAAAGACCAGCAGCCUGAAGCUCUACAUAAGUUUCGAAAUAUUCAAGAUAUUUUUCUUCAACACAAGAAUGAUUCAAACUUAAAUAUUUAUUUUGAGGGACUAAAAAGAUCUGCUUUGGCAUGUUUGGAACUAAAAAAUGAUGAGUACCGAAAAAUCCUCAGCACAUUUUUUGAACGCCCAUUUUUUGAAAUUUUUUCGGAUCUUAUUGAUGGUAACAAAGGCGAACCAUACGCAGUACUAUGUCAUGGAGAUUGCUGGAACAACAAUUUAAUGUUUAAGUUGAAGGACACCAACGCAGUCACAAUGCGUUUGCUGGAUUGGCAACUGUUACGAUACUCUUCUCCAAUUAGCGAUCUGAUGUACUUCAUUUUCACUUGUACUACAAGAAAAUUUCGAAAAGCACAUUACGAAGAUGCUCUGAAUGUUUACUAUGAGGAAUUGAUUAGACACAUCAACAGGCUUGGAUCUAAUCCAUUAAAAUUGUUUCCCCGAGAAAAAUUCGAUAAAGAAUUAAAAAAUAGAGGGGCUUUGGCUCUACUUUUUGUAAUGAUUGUGCUUCCAAUUAUAACUUUGAAAAGUGAGGAUGUGCCAGACCUCGAUAAACUUAGCGAACAGGCAGAUGCGGGAAAAUUGAAGAAUUUAAUGGACUCUGGUCUUCUAUGCGAAGGGAAUUUACAUGAAUAUAGCCAGCGAAUGCACGACGUUAUUAUCGAUUGCAUACAUUUUGGAUAUAUCUACUAAAUAUGCAUUGCAAAUAAUUUAUAAACCUAAAAUAUGUUAUUUACUAAUUAUUACCUUUAAGUCUGUUGCUAUUAAAUUAAGGUGUGGUGAGUGCUUCAAUUGUUUCACACUUUGGGCAAAACGAAGGGUUGACAUAGUUUCAGAAAAAUCUGAACGAUGAGGGCUGAUGCAAGCCAGUAGUGUUAAAUAAGAGUUUUCAUUCAGCGAAUCUGAAAAAUUAAAAAUUAUAUAGUUCUGAAAC